AUGGCGUUGUCGUUCGGUUUGUGGCUGUUUCUGCACCUGCUGCUGUCCACUGAUGCCAAGAGUGUGGAGAAACCCGACGGGCAGCUCAGCAGCGCCGAUAAGCCGUCGUCUCGGGUCAAACUGGAGCCGCUCUGGAGCAGCAAGCAGGUCAGGACCGAGCAGAGCCUCCCCGUCCCUGAGAUGCUGGACCUGGACGUGGAACGCCACCGCCGGCUGACCCGCGGCGCCGACGAGGAGGAGCAACAGUCCACCUUCAGCCACUCCUUCGAGAACGACUGGGUCACGGCGCCGCAGGUCACCGAGUUCAGCAACGGAACGAAAGUGGCGGCCGGAAGCAGCGAAGACGACGUCCGCGGCAACGCCUCCGACCACGAGGCUCCGGGACUCUUCAACCCGUUCUACCCGCUGGUCGAGAGCUCGUACGCGGCCUACGCGGUGCUGUUCCUGGCCGGCCUGGUGCUGGCGGUGGGCGUGGUCGGAAACAUGGCCGUCAUGUGCGUCGUCUGGAACAACUACUACAUGAGGUCGGCCUGGAACUACCUACUGGCCAGCAUGGCCUUCUGGGACUUCCUGGUGCUGGUGCUGUGCCUCCCUGUGGUGGUCCUCAACCAGCUCUCCCAUAGGAGGAUCCUGGGUGACAUCACCUGCCGCAUGGUGCCUUAUAUGGAGGUCGUGUCUCUGGGCGUCACCUCCUUCACGCUGUGCGCUCUGGGUAUCGAUCGCUUCCACGCCGCCACCUCCUCGUCGCAGCCGAAGGCCCGGCGGGUCGAACGCUGCCGCUCGGUGCUGCUGAAGCUGCUGCUGGUUUGGCUCGCCGCCCUGCUGCUGUCCAGCCCUGAAAUCUUCCUGUGGCAGCUCAGCCAGUCAUUGUCGCCGUCCACCGGCCGGCUGGUCGACUCCUGCACCAUCACACCGUCCUCGCCUCUGUCCCUCUACCUGCCCGACUCCCUGCACUCGCUGCUGCUCAGGUACCACCAGGGUCGGAUGUGGUGGUGCUUCGGCUGCUACUUCUGCCUCCCCGUCCUCUUCACCAUCCUCUGCCAGAUGGCCACUCGCAACGUCAACAGCGACUCCAGCUCCGCCCAGAAGAAGCAGCGCGGCCACGACGACCGCUCGUCCAAUCAGAAGCGGCAGCAGCACCAGGCGGUGGAGCGGCAGCUGAACUGCACGCUGCUGGCGCUGGCCGUGGUGUACGGCGUGUGCGCGCUUCCCGAACACGUGUGCAACAUCACGCUGGCCUACACGCACAUCGCCAUCUCUGAGGACACGGCCGCCAUGCUGACGCUGUUGCAUCACUUCCUGCUGUUCUUCAAGUCGUCGGUGACGCCGGUGCUGCUGCUGUGUCUGUGUAAGGCUCUCGGUCAGGCCUUCAUGGACUGCUGCUGCUGCUGCUGCCAGGAGUGUCAGCCAACCGCGGCUCAGGGCUCGCCAGGCUCCGCCCAGGUCAAACUGAAGGCAGCCAAUGAGACGUCCAUCUUCUUCGACAAGGCUAAAGACACGUCGGCCAUCUUGUCCAUCUCCAGCUAGAGCCAUGAAUCAUCUCUUCUUCUCUUAGUUCUCAUUAACCUC